AAACGAAAAUAAAAAGCAUAGAAGAGUUAAGAUCUAUAUAAAUUUUCUUACAAUCCUAACGCCCAGAGAGCAGAGAGGAGGAGAGAUCUGAUAAUUUGGCGGCAAAGAUUACAAGAUUACAAAAUAGGAAGGUUCCUAUCUGCAGCUGUUACACCUCUCUCUACUGUAAAAUCAACCCACAUAUCACAUUUGAUUCGGUGGCAAAAGCGUUUACCUCUUUUGCAGAACCCAAAAAUACCCGUAUCAAAUUUGGGGUUUUUUUUUUUUAGGUUUUUUUUUUUUGUUUUUUGAUUUGAAUUGGGUUUCGAAGGGAAUUUGCAGAGGCGGAGGAAGAAGAGGAUUUUUCUUUGUUGUUAUUGUUGUUGCUAUUGGUGUUCCAUUGACAACAUGAGGAGGUUUUUGAUUGAAAAUGGAGGAGAAUCUCUGUUGGGAACGAUCAAAAUUGCAGUGUUGCCCAUAGCCAAAGUUUUCACAAUGUGCUUUCUGGGCUUUCUGAUGGCUUCCAAGUAUGUCAACAUUUUGCCUGCCAGUGGAAGGAAACUAUUGAAUGGGUUGGUUUUUUCACUUUUGCUUCCAUGUUUGAUAUUCUCUCAACUGGGUCAAGCUGUUACUUUGCAGAAAAUGAUUGAGUGGUGGUUUAUUCCUAUUAAUGUUAUUUGCGGCACCAUAGCAGGGUCGCUGAUAGGGUUAGUCGUAGCUACCAUUAUCCGUCCGCCAUACCCAUUCUUUAAGUUUACAGUUAUACAUGUUGGAAUCGGGAACAUCGGGAAUGUGCCUCUUGUCCUGCUUACAGCUUUAUGCAGAGACCAGAACAACCCUUUUGGUGAUGUAGACACUUGCACCCAACAAGGGACUGCCUAUAUCUCAUUCGGCCAAUGGGUUGGUGCAAUUGUUUUGUACACCUAUGUAUUUCAAAUGCUUGCACCUCCUCCUGAAGGUACCUUUGACCUUGAUGAACAACAUCUUCCCAUCAAGGGCUGUCCAAAGGAUGGCUCCCCUGAGCAAGUUCCGUUACUUACACAGGAGGUUUUAUCAUCUGAUCUAAAUGCCUCAAAACAAGGGAAGAUUAAAGAUUUUUUGGUUUAUAUGUAUGAUAAAUUGAAGAUCAAGCAAAUUCUUCAACCGCCUAUUAUUGCUUCCAUCCUAGCAUUGACAAUUGGUGCAAUUCCAUUUUUGAAGAAGCUGAUCUUUACACCCAAUGCUCCGCUUUUCUUCUUCACUGACAGCCUCAUUAUUCUUGGGGAGGCCAUGAUUCCAUGCAUUUUGUUGGCAUUGGGAGGCAACCUGGUUGAUGGACCAGGAAGUUCAAAACUUGGUCUACGGACCACUACUGCUAUUAUUUUCGGGCGGUUGGUUUUGGUUCCUCCUGCUGGAAUUGGCAUAGUCUUGCUGGCUGAUAAGCUUGGCUUUCUCCCCCCUGAUGACAAGAUGUUCCGAUUUGUCCUCCUCCUCCAACAUUCCAUGCCCACAUCUGUGCUUUCUGGUGCUAUCGCCAAUUUAAGAGGGUGUGGAAGAGAGUCAGCCGCUGUCCUCUUCUGGGUUCAUAUCUUUGCAAUCUUCUCCAUGGCUGGAUGGAUCGUUCUUUAUCUCCAUAUCCUCUUCUGAAACCGCAACAUACCAUCAUCUUGCUGCUUUGGGAUUCUUUAACAGGAAGCAUGAAGCAUGAAA